AUGGCUCUGCUCCAGGCAGCGGCAGCGGAGGGAGCGCUCGAGGAGGUGAUGGAGAUUGCUUCAGGGUUAUGGCUACUUAUAUUGUAUGAUAUUCGGAAAGAUAUUACAUUUGGAUUCUUAUCUGAUUGGUGCAUCUGCAUUUUUUUACAAAAUAUCUUGAUUUUCCUGUACUUUCUUCUUGUUUUAUUCCUUCCUUCCUUUUUCGUUCUUUCUUUAUAUCAUACAACCUUUGAUGUGAUCCUGCAAGGAUCAGAAUGUUUUUUGCCGAAGUGUGGGUCCUUUGUUCUUGUUGAGAAAAACAAAACAAAACAUUAUUACUAUUUAUCUUCUUAUUUAUUAACUCUUGUAUUUUAUAAUAGUUUGCCUGGAAUGCAAACUAUGGGGACUACUAAGAAACGCCUUAUUUUCCUUCAAGGUAGUGCAGCUACUUUAAAAGGUUUGCCCACCAAUACCAAAGAAUAUCUGAAUUUUAAUUCUUCAUUUCUUACAAUUUAUUCAAAUCUCAUCAAAAUUCAAGUCAUCAAACGGACAAGUACAAAUGUUUCCUAA